AUGAGCUGUUUUAUAGUGUCAUUUCUUUACUCAUCCACCAUCUCUCAUAACCACGACACAACUACCAUCUUUGCCAUCAACCAGAAUAACUUUUGGGCUUUCAAUUUCGUUUUAACAAUUCGGCAAAAAUGGUCCGCAAGUUUUUUCAUCAUCGAGGGGCUCAACAAUGCUUCUCUGGACCCCAAUGUUGAUGUUGUAAUUUCCCCACCAGCAAUCUAUCUCCUCCUUGCCAAAGAGAUUGCCAGCAACGGUGUCCAGGUCGCUGCCCAGAACGUUUAUGACAAAGGAAAUGGUGCGUACACUGGCGAAAUUAGCCCAGAACAAUUGAAGGAUGCUGGUAUCAACUGGGUCAUAAUCGGACACAGUGAGCGUAGAGCCCUUCUCGGGGAGAGCGAUAGGUUUGUCGCUUCAAAGACUAGGGCAGCGCUUGCCGGGGGUUUGAGCGUGAUUUUGUGCAUUGGGGAGUCGCUUGAGGAGCGCGAGGCUGGAACAACUAUCGAUGUUGUCACAAGACAACUUCAGGCUGUUGCUGAUGAGGUCAGCGACUGGUCUAACAUUGUCAUUGCCUACGAGCCCGUUUGGGCUAUUGGUACUGGAAAGGUGGCUACUACUGAACAAGCCCAAGAGGUCCACGCCGCCAUCCGUGACUGGUUGAAGAAGACCGUCUCUGAUAAGGCAGCCGAGGGGACCAGAAUCCUUUAUGGGGGAAGUGUCACUGACAAGAAUUCCAAGGAGCUUGCUACCCAGCCUGAUGUUGACGGUUUCUUGGUUGGUGGUGCAAGUUUGAAGCCUGCCUUCGUGGACAUCAUCAACUCUGCUGCUUAGACACCAAAACAGUAGAUACAUAUGGGAGAAAAUAUUCCACUAAUACAAUAAAAUAAAACCUUGCAAUUUACCGCACCAGUAUCCUAGUAAUGCAUUUGCCUUACAAGAGCCCUUUUC